AUGCCUAAAGUCUCUAGCAAACCUUCCUCAACUACCUGCGAUGUGUGCUUCGCCUCGCUGGCCCGCCGCGCAGAUCUAGCUCGUCAUAUGCGAUUGCACGAUAACGAAAAAUCCAGAAUGAUGUACCGCUGCCCUUUUGACGGCUGCGGAUUCGCGAACCUCCAAAAGUGCAAUGUGGACACACACAUUCGCGUACACAGCGGGGUGAAAGAUAGACACUGCCCAGAGUGCACAUUCAGCACUGGGGAUCCCGGGUCGCUUACUCGUCACAGGAAGAGGAUGCAUGGAUACGAACCCAAGGCGAGACGGCCGAGACUCGGAGGCGCCGCGAAGAGGACUGAGAGAGCCUCACCGUAUCCUUCUGCAUCCCCUCGUUCCCCCGCUGCGUCGGAAUCAGGCCCAUCGGAAACAUCUGGCAGUUCCUCUGGAUCGUCUGAUUUAUCGUCCUCGUCUUCCUCGUCCUCGUCCUCAUCCUCCGCCCCAUCGCCGUUGUACACCAUCUCCGAUUCUGAUGCUCCAUCUCCCUCGGACUCCACCACUCCGGCAACACCAGUGAACAUGACUCUCAUAGACGACUUCAGCGCGCUCGAGCUUUCUGCAUUGGUGCCUUAUCAAACGUAUCCCUCGGUUUGUUCCCCCGUAGAGUCCUGCUCAACGAUGGGUGGUCAGGCUUUUGGCUGCAGCUCCGUCACCGCAGUAGACAACUUGCUCCUCAACUAUCCCUGGCAGAAAGACGCUUACUCCUCCGCCACUAGCGAGAUGGGACUCGGACUUUCACUUUUCUCCCAACAACAAGAACAACUGGUUGCAGAGACCGAUCUUGCCUCUCUUGGCCUCAGCUAUCCACAGAUUGACGGCUCUAUCGCACUGACGGAUAUGCCGUUCACGCUUACGGGAUUCGAGGCAGCCCCGGGUUCCUAUCCAGUCGUCCCCACUCCAGAGACCAUGACCAUAGAACCUUUUGCCGAUUGGCCAUUCAGUGCAUCGUAUUCUCCGGUUUCUCUUCCGAAAGUGGAGGCGCCGGUUGCGGAGCUCUCGUGGGAUUCGUUGCUCAAUCUGCCUGCAACGGGGUUCAAAGACGCAGACAGUUCGAAGUCGGCGGCAAUGGCGGUAUUCGACGCCCAGGACACAUGCCCAGCUGGCACCAACAGUGUUACUAUUGACUGGGACGAGUUGUUCAGUGUCGAUGUCGCUGCUACCUCAUCCCAGUCCGUCUCAAUAUCUGAUGCAACACCAAGUGAUGGAGAGUUCGACUCCUUGUGCUCGACGCUCGUAGAUCCUCCCAACUACGGACUCCCCUGGUCAUUCUGA